AUGCCAAGAGCAACGCUGCUCUUCGCCCAUGGCGGCGGCUUCUGUAAGCAGAUGUGGGAUCCAAUUAUCCGUAGGAUGAAGAGCUCACCCGUCCUGCAACAAGUUACAACGGAGUUCGUAACUUUUGACUUCCCUCCGAGGGUGUGGCAUCCUGCGCAAGACCUGGUGCCGUGGACGACGGCAGAGAGACCUACACUCAUUGGCAUCGGCCACUCAAUGGGGGCGGGAGCUCUAUGGAACAUGGAGGUACAAGACCCUAGCACUUUUGACGAACUGAUUUUGUUUGAGCCAGUGUACGGCGAAAAGGACCCAGUAGUGACGGACAAGAUCGCGACCUUCUUGGUGGCUACAACGCUGCAGCGGGAGGCGUCGUGGUCGUCGAGAGAGGAAGCCGUGGAGUACUUUGAGACUCUCAAGAACUUUAACUCUUGGGAUCGGGAGUCCUUAGCGACGGUGCUGGCGUGUCAUCCGCAUAUUGAAGCGGCGUUGUAUCGCCACGAGAUUCUGCGCUUCACUGAUCAAGAACUGAAGCGACCGAAAUGCAAAGUUCGUUUCUAUGGAGGAGAGCGCUCGAACUUGUUCUUCACGCCACAUUUUGAGCACGCGGUUAGGCUGAACCCCGACGUUUACUCGAUGGGUGAGCCGAUGAACAACUGCACGCAUUUGUUGGUUCUUGAGGACCUCGAAAGGGCUGCAAACAACAUUUUGAACGACCUCGCGAAAGCUUCUCCGUUCCACAAGGAUACAACGAGCCGCAUGUAG